AUGUCGAAUCCGCAUGUGGCUUUUUCGUACGCUGCGCUCGCUUUGAUAACUUGGGUAGUUUUUCUUUCCGCCUCAAUCCACAAAAUCGAAGAGGGACAUGUUGGAGUCUAUUACCGCGGUGGUGCUUUGCUGAAAGAAACCAGUCCACCUGGCUUUCAUCUUAUGAUCCCAUUGAUUACCACCUUUAAGGCUGUUCAGACUACGCUUCAAACCGACGAAGUCAAAAAUGUGCCCUGUGGAACAAGUGGCGGUGUUGUAAUCUACUUUGACAGGAUAGAGGUGGUUAAUUUACUUUCGGCGGCAAGCGCCUACGAAAUAGUGAAGAACUAUAGCGCUGAGUAUGACAAAACUCUAAUCUACAAUAAGGUUCAUCAUGAACUAAACCAGUUUUGCAGUAGUCACACCCUUCAGGAGGUGUACAUAGACCUCUUUGACCAGAUUGACGAGAACCUAAAGAAGGCCCUUCAAGAGGACCUUAACGUCAUGGCGCCAGGUCUCUUCAUUCAGGCGGUGCGUGUGACCAAACCCAAGAUCCCAGAGAACAUCCGACGCAACUACGAGUCUAUGGAGGCUGAGAAAACAAAGCUUUUAAUAGCCGAGCAGCGCCAGCGCGUUGUAGAGAAGGAAGCUGAAACAGAACGUCGAAGAGCCGUCAUUGGUGGGUGA